AUGGCCCAAUUUCUCACCCUACCCCGGUCAUUUCAGAACAAUGCCUUCGCACCACAGAGCCCGAUAGUCCCAGGCGCCAUCAUGGCGGCAGGCGCCGGCAGCGGCUUCACCACCAGCGCCGCCUCAACGCAAACCCCGUUUUUCCAUCUAGUGCUGCUGGUCUUCGAGGCCGUGUUGGAGGUUAUCUGCGUCAGCCUGCCGGGGUACUUUGCCGCCCGCCAGGGCAUAUUCGAUGCCGAGGCGCAGAAGCUGGUGGCGAACCUCAACGUGACCCUGUUUACCCCCUGCCUGAUCUUCAUUAAACUCGGCUCCCAAUUGACGGCGGAAACACUGGCGGACUUGGCAAUCAUCCCAGUGAUCUUUGUCGUGCAGACCGGCGUCUCUUACUUCUGCGCCUUUGUGAUUUCGCGAUGUUUCCGCUUCAAGAAGCGCCAGUCGAACUUUGUGGCGGCGAUGGCCGUGUUUGGCAAUUCCAAUUCCCUCCCCAUCUCGCUCGUGAUGUCCCUCUCCCAAACCCUCAAGGGCCUCCAUUGGGACCGCAUCCCAGGCGAUAACGACGACGAAGUAGCUGCCCGCGGUAUCCUCUACCUCCUCAUUUUCCAGCAGCUGGGCCAGCUGGUUCGCUGGAGCUGGGGAUAUCAUAUUCUUUUGGCACCAAAGGGCCGAUACUUGGAGGAAGAAGAGCGCGCCGUCUCUGGCCCUACGCGCAUUGAGCAAGGCCAGGCACGAUACAGCGACAAUCCGGAACAGACAGACCCCGACGAGCCACUGGUUCGCACGCGCAGCUCCGACGAUCUCCAUCAUUCUGCAAGUGGCAGCAGCGAGUUCCACUCCGGAGACCAAACACCCGUAUCAACGCGAGCCUAUUCCUACACCAAGGUCUCCUCGAUCCAUUCCAACGAUGCCUCGGACCACGGUCGAGUCGCAGAUGAUCCCCCCUCAAUCCUUGGACCACCACCCCAGGGCCCAUUCCUCCCGCGCCAAACCACUGGAGUCGACAUCCUGUCCUUCCCCGACGUCGAAGCCACCGCACACCAAUCCCAGUCUGCAGACAAGAGUUUCCUUCAGCGCUGCACGGCCUCUCUCCAGCGGCGCCGCGAGGCCAUCCGCUGCGCCUGGGACCAAAAAACCGGUGUGCUGUACGGGCGUCUUCCCCCCAAGGUCCAAAAGGGCCUCUCGACCACGACGCGCGGGGUCACCCGCUUCUUCCGCGGAGUAUGGGACUUUAUGAACCCGCCACUGUGGGCGAUGCUCGUCUCCAUCUUCGUAGCCUCUGUCCCGGCCCUCCAGCACCUCUUCUUCGACGAGGGCACGUUCGUCCGCAACUCCGUGACGCGGGCAAUCGACCAAAAUGCCCAAGUUGCCGUCCCGCUCAUCCUGGUCGUCCUCGGCGCGAACCUCGCCCGUAACACGCUCUCGGAGGAAAACCUGGCGGACAUGGAACAUCCCAGCGCCGAGCGCAAGCUGAUCAUCGCCUCGCUGGUCGCGCGCAUGCUCCUGCCCACGCUCAUUAUGGCGCCGCUCCUGGCGCUGACGGCCAAGUUUGUGCCGAUUAGUAUUCUGGAUGACCCGAUUUUCAUCGUCGUCUGCUUCCUGCUUACCGGGGCGCCGUCGGCGCUGCAAUUGGCCCAGAUUUGCCAGAUUAAUAAUGUUUAUGUUGGAGCGAUGUCCAAGUUGCUGUUCCAGAGCUAUGUGGUCUGGAUCCUUCCGUCCACUCUCAUCCUGGUCAUGUGUGCCCUGGAAGUGCUCCAGUGGGCUACCUAA